AUGAAGACUAUUUUCACCAACGGGCACUUCUUCACAGGUAAGGGGACGGAACAGGCAGACGAGGCCGUGUUUGCGGAAUGCAUGGUGGUCCAAGAUGACACCAUUGUCCAUGUCGGCCAGUCAACAGAUGAAGUCGUUUCCCAUGCCCGCCAGAACGGUGCUGUCGUUCAAGACCUGAAGAAGAAAUACGUGCUUCCGGGCUUUAUCGACGGACAUAUGCAUCUGCUCCUGCUCGGUCAGGCACUCCAGAAACUGGACCUGGACGGAUGCAACGACCUGAGUGAAAUCCGGGACAGAAUCAGCGCGUACGCCAGACAGAAUCCACAGGUUCCUCGGAUUUUGUGCAAAGGCUGGAUGCAGAGUAUGACUAACAACGAGGCUCUGGCGUCAAUGCUGGAUGAUCUCGACCCGCGGCCGAUUUUAAUUGAUGCCAAAGAUCUGCAUUCAACGUGGUGCAAUACUGCUGCUCUUCAAGAACUCAAGGUCGACGAGAUGGCCGAUCCGCAAGGCGGCACCAUCCAUCGCGAUAGUAAUGGCAAGCCAUCGGGUCUUCUAUCCGAGGCUGUGGUCUUUGCCAUGAUCUGGCCGCAUCUUGCGCGUGCUGCUUCAAUGGAAGAGAAAUUGAAUGCGUUGAAGGGCGCAAUCAGCGCAUAUACUGCAUCCGGAUAUACGGGUCUAGUAGACAUGGCCAUGGAUGAGAAUACAUGGGAGGCUCUUCUCGUCUUGCGACAGCAGCAGCAGAGCGGAAAAUUGAAUCUGCGUAUUGCUGCACAUUGGUUGAUAGUGCCAUCGGCAGACUCGGAAGCAGAUCUGAAGCAAGUCGAGAGAGCAGCUGAGCUUCAUGCCAAAUACAACUUGGAGAACUCUCCAGACUUCCGCAUUGCAGGUAUCAAAGUCAUCUGCGACGGGGUGGUUGACGGGUGUACAGCAGCACUUCUAGAGCCGUAUACCCUCAACGGUGUCUCGUGCGAUCCUCUCUGGCCUCAGGAGAAGUUGGCCCCUGUUGUCAGUCGCGCGGUCAAGGCAGGCCUUCAAUGCGCCCUUCACGCGAUAGGUGAUAAGACGGUGCAUAUGGUUCUUAACGUGCUCGAAGCCCACGGUACUCGCGAUGGACGACACCGAAUCGAGCAUCUUGAAAUGACGACUGCUGAAGAUGCAGCACGGUUAGGAAAGCUAGGUGUUACAGCGUCAGUACAGCCGGUACACUCAGACCCGGAUAUCCUGCGAGCAUGGCCAUCGCUUAUUGGACAUGAUCGAUGUCGUCGUGCAUUUGCAUAUCGGGACUUUGUUGACGGGGGUGCAGCUAUAGCAUUUGGUUCCGAUUCGCCCACGGCACCAUUCAAGCCUUUACCAAAUGUAUACACAGCGACGACGAGACGAUCCGCUCGAUUGCCUGAGUCUGAGGAGACUGUCAAUCCACAUUUUGCUUUGCCACUUGUUACGGCUUUUACUGCGGCGACGACAGGCGCUGCGUAUGCAUGUUUCGCGGACAAGCUUACGGGGAAACUGGAAAAGGGAUUGAAGGCGGAUUUUGUGGUGGUGGAUAUGGAAUGGUCAAAGGAGAGAUUGUUACAAGCGGCCGUGGAUGAGACUUGGUUUGAGGGAAGAAAAGUCUUUAAUAUGCAGGGGUAG